AUGCUGAUGCCAAUGCUGCUGUUGAGUUCCGUAAAAGCGAACGAUGCAAUUCGCAGUAAGUCGUUACCGCCGUACAUGGACCAAUUACUGAAUGCUGGAAGAAGUGUUUACGACAAACAUUCUCCACCAGUUCAAGAUUCAAAUGAACCAACCAAAGUACGACUAGCAAUGUACAUUGAAGGCAUGUCAUCGUUCAGGACACAGACCAUGGAUUUUCAAUUGGACGUCUACUUCCAGCAAUUCUGGAGAGAUCCGAGACUGGCUCAUAACGAGAGCGGACGUGUACUCAUCCGCGACAAAGACAUGCUGGGUAAAAUGUGGCAUCCAGACGUCUACUUUGCCAAUGCUAGGAUAGCAGAGUUUCAUGAGGUAACGCAACCAAACUUUCUUCUAUGGAUAGAACCGGAUGGCUCAAUCCUUUACGAUACUCGCAUAUCUAUGGUAGUAGUGUGCACUCUAAAUCUCGAAAAAUGGCCUUUGGACUCACAGCGGUGUCAUCUGCGGAUUUUGAGCUACGCCUACACUACCGAUCAGCUGCAAAUCGAAUGGAUUGGGGAAACACCCAUAACCAGAAAUAUGCAGAUCGCUAUGUCCGACAUGCACAUUGUUGAUCUUUACCCGGGUUGGUGUGAUGGGAAUUAUUCCACAGGGACAUGGAGCUGCGUAACCGCCGAAUUCUUUGUGAAGAGGGAGGUCACCCAUCAUGUUAUGCAGUCAUAUGUACCCACCACUUUGAUCGUUGUCAUUUCUUGGUUCUCUUUCUGGUUGGAUGUAGAAGCUGUUCCGGCAAGAGUUUCACUUGCUAUCACUACACUUUUAACGCUCUCGACACAAGCCAGUGCCGCUAGAAUGGCGCUACCAGAGGUGUCAUAUAUGAAAGCAAUCGACGUCUGGAUGGGAGCCUGUAUGAUGUUUGUGUUCGGUGUAAUGAUCGAAUUCACCAUUGUCAAUUACGUCCAGCGUCAAGCAUCUACCACAGAUGCUAAAACGAAGAAUGUUCGAGAAAGUUUGACUAUGCGUGCGCAACGAAUUCUGCAAAGAUGUUGUGGAAAAGAAGAUCGAACCAUGGACGAGGAAGACCUAUUGGACCACAUCCUAUGCAAUGGAAAUGCAUACGAUCCAUUGCCAGGAGAGACUGUGCUUGCUGCGCAUGACAAUAGCGAUUUCAACUGCUCUCCCAAUCCAGCCAGAAAGGUUGUAAAUAAUGACAGCGACAUACUGUCGUCAGACUCAAUUAAUGAGGUUUGGAAGAAGAGAAUCUUUGACAAAGCGGAGAGGUUAGCUAAUUGGACCGAUGACGAUCGAAGAGGAUCAAUUCGAAGGCGGUCGUCGCUUCUGUUGUCCAAAAUAAGCAAUGAUACUAUAGUAUCAAAUGCCGAGAAAAAUAGUUUACGAAAGAAGGCUCAAGAGAAAUGGAAAUCAACGAUUAAGCAGGUGCAAAAAUCUAAGAAAGAUGCUCAGCGAAUGAGAGCCAAAGUGAUUGAUCAAACGAGUCGAUGGCUGUUUCCACUCAGUUUUCUUAUAUUCAAUGCUAUCUAUUGGUCUUACUAUCUCUAUUUCAAGACAUGA